UAAUUAGAGCUAAUUAGUAGAGCGAGCCCUCAUCUCCCAUUACCACUUCUUGGCUUCGUUUCGGGGGAUCUUUGGCGAAGGCGAGGCCAUGAACGCCUACGCGCUCCACCUUGCGAUGGCGGCGCUCUUCGGAGCAUCCUUCGUCGCCGUCUCCGCCUACUACGUCCACCGCAAAACCCUAGCACAGCUCCUCGAGCUCGCCCGCGCCGUGGACCGGGAUCGGGACGGCGGCCUUAAGCGGGGUCCCUCGUCGCGCCGCGGCGGCCGAAGAAAGGGGCCUGGGUACUACCGCCGCGGCGCAGGCUCGUUGUCGCUGCCGGAUGUGAUGGCGGCGGCUGUUUUGGAUGGUGAGGAGGAAGAAGAGGAGGGGGAUGAUGAUGAGCCGAUUACGAGGCGACGGCCCGUUGUGAAUGAGGAUGAGGAUGUUCUCCCAAGUUUUCCGAUUCCCCCCGGGUUACCUCGUCUGCAGACGGUUCCGGAAGGUAAUAAGCAAUGUGUCCAUGCAAGUUUCAACAAAAGAGGUGGUAUCAGACCAACUUCUCCUAAGUCUCCUGUUGCUAGUGCCUUUGGGAGCCAAGAGGGAUCUGAUGAAGAUGAUAUUCUGCCAAAUGAUCCGAUCCUUGCUAAUACCUGUUUGCAUACAAAUGGGGACAUGGGCCCAGAGAAUAAGGACUUGUUUCAAGCAUUGCCUGAUCAUAUCACUGACAAUGGGGAUCAGAAAUCAUUAUCUGCAUCUACCAUCAUUCGAUCUCACAGUGUAUCUGGUAAUCUGCAUGGUGCGCAGCAUGACCCAGUAGCAGCUGAUAUUCUUAGAAAAGAACCUGAACAAGAAACUUUUGUCAGAUUGAGGAUUACACCAAAUGAGAAACCAUCUCCUGAUGAAGUUGAGGUCUAUAAAAUUCUCCAGAAUUGUCUUGAUCUUCGGGAACGUUAUGUCUUCAGAGAGGAGAUUGCUCCAUGGGAGAAAGAAGUCAUAACUGACCCUAGUACACCAAAGCCUAAUCCUAGUCCAUUCGCCUACACUCCUGAACAGAAAUCAGAUCAUGUGUUUCGAAUGGUAGAUGGAGUAGUGCAUGUUUAUGCGAGUAAAUAUUCAAUGGAUAGAAGACUUUUCCCUGUAGCUGAUGCUACAACCUUUUUUACAGACUUGCAUCAUCUUCUUCGAGUAAUUGCUGCAGGAAAUAUUAGAACCUUAUGCCAUCGUCGUCUGGUUCUUCUUGAGCAAAAAUUUAAUCUUCAUUUAAUGCUCAAUGCGGAUAGAGAAUUCCUUGCCCAGAAAAGUGCACCGCAUCGUGAUUUUUACAAUGUCAGGAAGGUCGACACUCAUGUUCAUCACUCUGCAUGCAUGAACCAGAAGCAUCUGCUCAGAUUUAUAAAGUCAAAGUUGAGGAAGGAGCCUGAUGAGGUCGUAAUUUUCAGAGAUGGGACAUAUCUGACAUUGAAAGAGGUUUUCGAGAGUUUGGACUUAACUGGGUAUGACCUAAAUGUUGAUCUUCUAGAUGUCCAUGCAGACAAGAGUACCUUCCAUCGUUUUGACAAGUUCAACCUCAAGUACAAUCCAUGUGGCCAGAGUAGGCUGAGGGAGAUCUUUUUGAAGCAGGACAAUCUCAUACAAGGUCGCUUCCUUGCCGAGCUGACAAAGGAAGUUUUUACUGAUCUUGCUGCAAGUAAAUACCAGAUGGCUGAAUAUAGGGUAUCAAUAUACGGAAGAAAACAAAGUGAGUGGGAUCAACUAGCAAGUUGGAUAGUGAAUAAUGAAUUGUACAGUGAAAAUGUUGUUUGGCUGAUUCAGCUUCCACGUUUAUAUAACAUAUACAAGGAAAUGGGCAUAGUUACAUCUUUCCAGAACAUGCUUGACAAUAUUUUCCUUCCUCUUUUUGAGGUCACAGUAGACCCAGAUUCACACCCUCAGCUGCAUGUUUUCUUGAAACAGGUUGUGGGGUUGGAUUUGGUGGAUGAUGAAAGCAAACCAGAAAGACGGCCAACAAAACACAUGCCAACACCAGAACAGUGGACUAAUGUUUUCAAUCCUGCAUUCUCGUACUAUGUGUACUACUGUCAUGCCAACCUGUACACACUCAAUAAGCUCCGUGAGUCAAAGGGCAUGACAACUAUCAAGUUUCGACCCCAUUGUGGAGAGGCUGGUGACAUUGACCACCUUGCUGCAACUUUUCUUUGUGCAAAUAAUAUUGCUCAUGGGAUCAACCUAAGAAAGUCGCCUGUUCUUCAGUAUUUGUAUUAUCUUGCUCAGAUUGGUUUGGCAAUGUCUCCUUUGAGCAACAACUCCUUAUUUCUUGAUUAUCAUCGAAACCCAUUCCCGAUAUUCUUCCUUCGAGGUCUAAAUGUUUCACUUUCAACGGAUGAUCCUCUGCAAAUCCACCUAACAAAGGAACCUUUGGUGGAGGAGUACAGCAUUGCAGCCUCAGUUUGGAAGCUAAGUUCAUGUGAUUUAUGUGAAAUUGCUAGGAAUUCAGUUUUACAGUCUGGUUUUUCACAUGCUCUCAAGUCGCAUUGGAUUGGAAAAAGCUACUAUAAGAGAGGUCCUGAAGGAAAUGAUAUCCAUAAAACAAACGUGCCUCAUAUCCGUGUUGAAUUUCGCUACAUGAUAUGGAGGGCAGAGAUGCAACUGGUGUCUUUAGGAAAGGCCAUCAUUCCUGAAGAAAUUGAUAAGUGAAUCCUUCUGGCCAGCAGCUUGAAACCUGACUAGAGAUGACCUCGCCUGGCACUACGUUCUGGCCUAAGCUAGAAAGUAUGAACUUAGUCAGCGUUACCUAUCAGCAGAAUAAUGGAUCAGGAAGAACGGAUCUGAUGCAUGAUAUCAAGGCCACCCAGGGGGGGUUAGAAAGAGCAUAUAUUCUAUUUACUUGAUGGAUAAUUGCAAUAAUGUACAUAAUUUCUCUUUUACAAGUAGCUGAACUAGUAGAGGGUGUGAUUCAUCUAUUUGUCACUAGCUAUUUUUGCUGCGCUUUUGUUUUCCUACUGAUUCAUUGUUGUAAUAAUGUCUUCUGGUCAGUCAACUCUCCGAAAUAAAGAAGCAUCUGUUGGUGAACCAAA